AUGGCGCGUUCUAUUCCAAAGCCUAAUCCAUUUCUGGACAGCCUUUUAGUGGGUCUACUCGUGUGUGAACUAGGAGUCAUCACGCAUACACUGUGGGAUGAUAAGCAAAUGCUCUGUAUCCUCGUAGCCAUGAUUGUUGUGGUUGCACUGACUGUUAAAUUGACCAAGACUUCGUUCGCUAUUGGAGGCGGAUGGUUCUCGCGCACUUUCUUGCAGCACCUUGGAGACCCGCUAAAGAAGGCGGUGACCAUGAAAAAAUGGUGUGAUCAGUCAUGGCAACUCGCUAUUCACGUGUCCAUGACGAUCUUUGAAUUGUAUGUACUGCGUGAUGAGACGUGGUGGCAAGAUACAACGACAUUGUGGAACCAAGGAACCGAUACGGGCGUGUUCCUGACGCAAAAGUUUAGUACCAAACUGCUUUACAUCACGCAACUGGCCAUUUGGAUCUUCACUGCAUUCUCCUGCAAGUUCCUGGAAGAAAUCCGUAAGGAUUAUUUGGUCAUGAUGACGCAUCAUGUUGUCACAAUUGCACUGGUCACCUGGUCAUAUGCAGUGGGAUUUUUGCCCGUGGGUGUGAUCGUCUUGCUACUUCAUGACAUGACUGACAUCCCUCUCGACAUGCUGAAGAUGGCCAACUACCUCAAAAUGGAAGGCGUCCCUGGUCUGUUCGCGAGCGAGAUCCUAUUUGUUGUGACGAUCGUGUUGUGGUUUUACUAUCGCAUCUACCAGUAUCCGACCAAGUUGCUUUACGCGACUAUUGUGGAAAAUCGCGAGGCCAGCAUGACAAUGGCUGAUGCACAUGACUUCACGCAACUUUUUCCUCACCCGGGACCUCCAUCGUGGCUGCUCUUUAAUGUACUACUCACGACGCUGUACUGCUUGCACAUUUGGUGGGGCAUGCUGUUGGUGCGGGUUUUAAUUGGCGUGGUAACCAAGGGCACCCAUGAUGCGGCCAAGGACGAAUACGAAGGCACGUCGUCUGACUCGGAUAACGAGAGCAAGGACGACUAG